GGGCCAGAGGGUCACCUUUGUCUCGUCGGCCCACCUGCUUUUGUUCUCCUUUCGAUCCCCUCUCACAUUCCGUCGCUACCGCCUUCGCCCUCGUCGAUCGCCGGCGUCAACCUUCGCCGUCCCGAUCUAUCCGGUUAUUUUCCGAUUUCUCUCUUCAGAAAAAUUUCCUGGUACCUUUCGCAACAUCUCCGUGAAUUUAGACCUCUUGAUUUUACGUUCUCGAGAAAACACCCCCUUCUUUGCGAUUCGAAGUGAGGUUCAGCUCCUUACAGUUAGGUUUUCGAGGCGGAAGGAUUGAUACCUCUUGUCACUAUUGAUUACCUUGUGUAAGUGAGCGAGAAUUUGCCUCCAGUUGAUCGCCUAGGGUUUUUUUCCUUAGUUCCUCAAUGUCAGAAGCUUCUCGGCGGAGUAGGGUCACCAUUACUUUGGGACGUAGCGGCCAGGUAAUAAAGAGGGCAGGACCAGAAUUAGGUGACACUGGCAAUUCGUAUGAGCUGCCUAGAGCCGGGAUGAAGAGGCCUGUAAGAGAGAGACUAGGAAGUGGAUUCGAUAGUUCUUCUUUGCAGGGAAGUGAAGUCAGCAAUAAACGGCAAAGGGGUGAAGCAAGUCUCAGUGCUCAUGGUUUGCAGGUUGAUAAAGGCGAUCUCCGAUUCAAACUGAUGCAAAAAAAUGCCCAGAGAGGAGCUCAGAGAGAUGAAUGCAGCACUAUGGAUCUUCGUGCGAAGCUCUCCAGGAGCGAGCAGCAGCCUCCGCGUAGUGUUGAUACUCGACAUCGUAUGGCUGAGCCCAGGAACGUAAGUGGUCAGGGCCAGUUACCUCCGUCAAGAACUGCACACAGUUUCUCUCGGAUGGGCUCCACAAGCAAUUCCCACUCUCCCUGGACCUUGGACCAUAUACGACGGAGGUCUCCAGAGAGGUUAAUGGGUACACCCAGGGGUCUAUCACCACCACCACCACCAAGGAAUGCCAAUCUCUUUCCUCUUUUAAUAUUAUGUAACAUACGCAAUGCCGGAACCUACACGGGUUUGUCCAGGGUUUCUUCGCCACCUAGGGGCAUUGAAGAGUUUCGUGGACGGCCCUUAAGCAGGGCAUUUGAUGAUGUGAGAGCAUCACCAUAUACAGUCAAAAGUGCACCAAAUGCUCAACCACCAGUAAAUAAUACUCCUUUCACACCAAGGAUGGCUUUACCUCCUCCGGCUGUCAAGCCUCCACUGCCUGCAUUUUCGGGCCGGAUUCCUCCACCUGGCACUGCUGUUCAGAAGGACCCCUUCACUGCGGAGGAGCAUCAAACAGUUGAUGACCUUUUAAAUUCUCUUGGACUGGGAAAAUAUGCUGUUCUCUUUAAGGCCGAGGAAGUGGAUAUGACGGCGUUAAAGCAGAUGAAGGAAAGUGAUCUGAAGGAUCUUACCAUACCGAUGGGACCAAGGAAGAAAAUACUUCAGGCUCUAGCCCCACGUCCCAAACGGCCAUGAAGCUCUUCAGGUAAAUCAUUCCCCCCUUGUUUUGUAUCGGUCGGGGCAGCACUUUCUGAGAUUUGAGAUUUGUUAGUAAGUUGUGACUGGUGGUGUCGUUGCUAAUCAGAACUAUAAUGUUGUGAAGCAGUAACCCUUUUGUCUUAUAUCGUAUGAAUUUUGUAUUUCACAAGUGGCAAUUUUGGCUCUGUUUAUGAAAUGCGUAUUUUUUUUUUGUUUUUUA